AACAAAUUCAAAAAAGAAGUGGACAGAAUACAAAAAACCCCAACUCACAAGCCCUCGAUUCAUCUCCCAUCUUCUUCCUGUUCUUCCUCUUUUCUCCUGGUUGCGAUUGGGGUUUUCUUUUUCCUUGUUCGUUCCUUGAAAGAAGAGGGAAGAGGAGAGCUCGGAAGUAGAGGUGAAGAGAGGAAUCGAAGCUGUUUCGUCAUUUACCUCUCUUUUUUCCCCUCUCUCCGGGGUUUGCGAGUUCUGGGGAGUGAUAGGAAUUUGAGAGGUGGGUUUUUGGUUUCUGUUUGUGAAAACUGUCGAUGAUGGGUAGUAGGAGGGAAGAAGAGCGUAAUGAGAAGAUUAUCAGAGGGUUGUUGAAGCUGCCCCCAAAUCGCCGAUGCAUCAAUUGCAAUUCCUUGGGUCCGCAGUAUGUUUGUACCAACUUCUUGACUUUUGUCUGCAUGACUUGUAGUGGAAUACACCGUGAGUUUACUCAUCGUGUGAAGUCUGUAUCCAUGUCUAAGUUUACAUCCCAAGAAGUUGAGGCACUUCAAAAUGGUGGAAAUCAGCGCGCAAAGGAAAUAUAUUUGGCGGACUGGGACCAAGAAAGGCAGAGGUUACCUGCAAGCAGUAAUAUUGAUCGAGUGCGUGAAUUCAUAAAACAUGUAUAUGUUGAUAAGAAGUAUGCUGGAACAAAGACGGCUGAUAAGCCUCCUCGGGACUUGCAGGUGGAAAUUUCGAGGAUAGGAAGUUAUGAAGACGAGGGCAGGCGGGCAAACUCCUAUCAUUCUUUUUCUCAAAGUCCUCCUUAUGACUUUCAAUAUGAAGAUAGACGCUAUGGGAAACAUGGUGCUGCGCUUACCCGCAGACCUGGCUCAGAUAGAGGCAUUAAUGCUGGAAAUAUGUCUAAUUUUGUUUUUAGUCCAACGCGCUCCAGUGGUAGAAUGUCAGAUGACGGGUUUGCAAAUGAAGGAUCUGUUUCUAGACUAUCGGACUACUCAGUGUCUAGCGGUGCUGAUCUAGGUAGAUCUGGUAUUGGAUCUCCAAAUUUUCAGAAGGAAAGUGGUGGUAACAGUCCCUCUAGUCUGCCUACUGGAAAUAGUCUAAGGGACGGUAUCCCAUUUCAAACAGUAAAUUUAUUUCCGGAGGUUGACUUGAAGAAAGACGCAAACCAGAUGACACAACCGCAGAGAAGUAUGUCCUUGGGAAGCAUACCGUCGGAUACCAGCACAACAUCAGUUAAGUCAGAACCUCAGCAAGUUGCGGUACUUUACAAGGAGAAUGGCUUUGCUCCAAUUCCACCUUCUUCUGCUACUCAUGACAGCUUGGGCUCCAUCAAACCCCCAACUGCUUCGUUGCCGGACUAUUCUCGAACUGCAUCUGUUGAUCUGUUCCAGUUAGUCUCGUCUACUGGCUCUCCUGUUGAUUUGUUUUCUGUACCUCAUUUACAGUCAGCAUCUAAAAGCUUGCAUCAGUAUCAUCAAACAUCUCCAGCUGCAACAUUGGACUUGUUUUCUGGGUUCAAUGACAAUCAACCAGUUUCUACCCUUGAUGCAAUCUCAUCAGAACUCCCACUUCCUAAAAAUGAAGGAUGGGCAACUUUUGAUAAUAUACAGCCUGCAGCAUCUGCACAAGGGAAUGAAAAUCACCCACCUUCAUUAAUGACUAAUAGCGUGGAUCUAGCUGCUGCAAGGUUUGACCAGGUCCCAUCCCUGAGCACACAAAUGGAGCCACAAGCAUUCCAAAAUGUUGGUGCUGAAAAGCCUUCCUCUCUACUGGAUCCUUGGCAUGAUGAUUUGCACAAUGCUGAGCUGCAAAAUAAUUCAACUUCUCAAACAUGGAAUGUCUUCGAUAACUCUACCGCGUCCUUCCCUAUUGAGCACAUGCAGCAGUUUAGUGAAGUAAACCUACCAGCAUACAAUGCUUUGGUGGAUCUUAAUCUGCAUUUAGGGCAACCGGAUAAAGAUGGUACAGACGGUGACACAUAUUUCCAACCCCAUGCUCCUAACAGCUCAUCUCAUCCUGUGUACACUGUGAUGGAUCAAACGAUCUCGCAGAUAACUCAUAGCAGAUCAAGCAACCCAUUUGAGCUUCCAUAUGAUACAGAUUUAGUGCCAGACAAUAUGUUCUUGGACAUGACUUCGUUGCAAUCUGCACUACCCAAUGGCAAUAUAUCACCAGCAUUCCUGGUGGAUCCAUCCCAGUCAUGGUUUCCCCAAGAUCCUGUCAUGAGUCACAUACCUAGUGCUGCUCCCCAAGGUGCCUUGUCGUAUAUUCCUGGACAGACUCCAAGUCCUCAGUUGGUGACGGUCCCUGCACAAGGUUCAGUCGCUUCCGUGGGAGGCAAUCCUUUUGCCUAGGGCUGAGCUACUAGAAUAGUUAUUAUGCAAAUCUUGACUGUGGAAAAGGUAUUUCAAGCUAGUGCAUUAGAAAGAAAUGCGGUGUGGCUUCACAAGGUGCAACUGACAGCACCAUGCUUCAGCAGUAUUUGGAAUGCUUAUGCAGCAGGGAAGAAGCAACAAGCUUGUCAAGCCAUAAUUUAAUGCCGUUUUUCUGGGGUUAGACAAUUCCUCCUUUGGUAUAUUAAUAUUUAGAAAGUUCUGUCCACUCUAUAACUUGAAGUAUUGGUUACUCUUGCUGUAAUGUAUCUUUCCAGUUUUUUGGGGUCUUCUUGAAAAAAUUGUGUAAUUGAAUUUCUUGCCGAUUGUGAAUUAAAAAGUUCGAUGGUUUUACUCUGCUGCUGGAGUAUUGAUCUUUGAGUAAUUGAACGUACG